AUGGCUUUAUCUGUAGAGGCGCAGUCGAGAUUCGAUCUCAUUCGCGACAAUCUGGGCGAGAUCCUCAACCCAGAGAUCAUCGAGGAGGUCCUUGCCGAGGGGCGCAAUCCCCGCGUGUAUUGGGGAACCGCUACAACCGGAAGACCUCACUCUGGUUACUUCGUCGCCGCGCUCAAGAUCGCCCAGUUGCUCGCGGCAGGAUGUGAGGUGGUAAUUCUCCUUGCUGAUGUGCAUGCUUUCCUGGAUUCAAUGAAAGCCCCUCUCGAGCUGGUUGAGAACCGUGUCAAAUACUACGAGAAGGUUAUCAGGGCAGUCCUAGAGGCUGUGGGCGUCUCGACUGAGAAGCUCGAGUUUGUGCUCGGAAGUUCCUACCAACGCAGCUCGGACUACUGUAUGGAUGUCUACAGGCUCGCCGCUUUGACUUCCGAGCAUGACUGUAGGAAGGCUGGUGCGGAGAUUGUUAAGCAAUCUGCCAAUGCGCCAAUGAGUGGUCUUCUCUACCCUAUCCUUCAGGUCCUCGACGAGGAGUACCUCAAGGUUGAUGCCGAAUUAGGCGGUCUGGAUCAACGCAAAUUGUUUACUGCCGCUACAGAAUGGCUUCCUAAGCUUGGAUACCGAAAGCGUGCCCACCUUAUCACCCCAAUGAUUGCAGGUCUCAGCGGAGGCAAAAUGAGCUCUAGUAUCGAAGACAGCAAGAUUGACCUUCUCGACCCACCCGAGGCGGUCUCCAAGAAGAUCCGCAAGGCAGAGGCCGUCCCUAAAGUCGCCGAGAACAACGGUAUAAUUGCCAUUGUGGAGUUUGUCUUACUCCCUGCAGCCGCCCUUGCUGGCAAGAAGGAGUUCCGCGUGGAACGCCGGGAUGACGAACCUCUUGUCUACACUGACAUUCAACAACUCAAGGACGAUUACACAAAUGACGUCUUGACUCCCCAACUUCUCAAGCCUGCCGCAGCAGACGCUUUGACCCGUCUUAUGGCUCCUAUCCACAAAGCCUACACAGAUUCGGCUGAAUGGCAGGAAAUCACCCUUAAGGCUUACCCUCCUCCGCCUAAGAAGGAGAAGAAGGUCAAGAAUAAGGGUACCGGCCACCCUGGUGCUAAGAAGGAGGAGCAGGAUCUCCCAGAGCGUCCCAAGGCUUAA